AUGGCCCAAGAGGAUUCGGGGGACACCACUGACAGCACCUUCUCCGAGACGGAUGCGGAAUUCGUCACCGCAGACUACACCGAGCUCUGCCUGGUUGCCUUCGGACUGGUAUGCGUCGUUGCCCUCGUCGCGACCUUGGCCUGGUACUUGCUGUUCUACGAACCCACCACGGAAACCAGCGGUCGCAAGAGCGCCAACUUCACGCGCUUGCUCGAAGCAUCCAUCACGCGCAGCGUUCACCCGUGCGACAACUUCUACCGCUUCGUCUGCGAUGGCUGGAUUCGGGACCACUCACACAGUCACCGGAGCAUUGCCGACAAGGUGGCUGAAGAGACCAUGCUCGACGCGCAGGAGGCCCUCGAACGUGCAGCCAAGGAAGCCCGGGAAGCGAAGUCACCGGCUAGAAAACUCGUCGUCCGCUCCGCUGCUCCCGACGUAGCUCAGCUCUCGCGAAACGACAGCAUGUCGUCUCACUCGCUGCUGGGGCAAAGCGUGAGACAGCGAGAACACCCGUUUCUGGUGAGACGAGCGGUGCCACUGGAGUCUGGCUCGACUCGCAGUAUGGGGUACUCGGCCGUGCUAAAAGCGUAUGGAAUGUUCGAGUCCUGUACGAAGGUCGUCACCGACAGGAAGUCCGAGACGGACAAGCUGGCCGAGUUCAUGAAGCUGUACACUGGGUUUCCCUAUGUGGAAGCUCAGGACCCUCCAUCCUUGGUGGCCUCCAUGGUCGAGCUGUCGCUGACCUGGAAGAUACACGUCUUGUUCACAGUCGACCUUUUUAUUGACUAUGAUGAGGACGGUGGACGCCUAACCGUCGAAAUCAGCAGGAACGUUGGGCUCAUCUCGUGGCUUCAGUGGAGAAACAUCCUGCGGGACUCGGGCAAGCUGGAAGAGUUUUUCCUCAUCCUACUGCAGGCUCUGCCGGAGUUCCGGCCUUCCGAAGCCGAAGCAUUGUCCGCCAAGAUUACGGACGCGGACUCACACAUCAUAGCCGCCCUGAGGACGGAAGAGGAGCCGGCACAGGCCAUAACUUACGACGACUUGCCGACGCUCGUUCCAGACAUCGACCCGCAGGUCUGGGUGGACGCUGUGAACAAGCAGAUUAAGCCGUACACGCGAGUCGAGCGUGACCACCACGUCAAGGUCGAGAACGCCGCCGCGUUGCAAGAGGUUGGGAAAUUGCUGAGACGUGAAGACGACCCCUUCAUGGUGCCCAUGUUCCUCGGUUGGACCCUGCUUCGACAGUUGGCUCCGCGAGCGUCUUACAAGGCGGCAACCUUCGUCUUCAAGGACAAACCGAGCUAUGUGCGCGACUGCUUCCGACGCGUCGUCGAUGUCAUGCCGCUGGCGGCCGCGUACCCGUUUCUCAACAACACUCCGACGCCAGAUGCUGAGAUCUUGGCAAAGAAGAUCGCCAAGGACGUCCGACGGGAGUUCAGCGCCAUCUUUGCCAACACUCCGUGGAUGGACGAGCCCACUCGCAGCGCCGCUGAGGCCAAGAUUCGUACCAUGGACGAAGUGCUCGCCAAGCCAUCCUACCUCGUCGACGAGGACGCCCUGGACCAGCACUACGCGGACUUCGCCAUCCAGGCCGACUUCCUCUCCACGUCGCUGAGCGCCGCCCGCUCCGCGACACGACUCUUUCUCACCAGCUUCACCGCGGGCGUUCACGUGGCCACUCGGGACUUCAACCCGCUCGAGGUGAACGCCUUCUACGAGCGCGAGCUGAACGCCAUGUUCGUGGGCGCCGCCAUCAUGCAACCGCCGUACCUCGACGAGAAGAGGUGGACCGCGUUCAGCUACGGAGGCCUCGGUGCCGUCGUGGGCCACGAAGUUAUGCACGGCUUCGACGAGCGGGGCAAGGAGAGGGACGCCCGAGGCAGGCUCCGGCCCUGGUGGUCUCCCGACGUUCUCGUCGAGUACCAUAACAGAGUCGGGUGCCUGGCACAGGCCUACGGAAAUGGUGGUGGGGGUGACGUCGACAUCACCGUAGAAGACGUCGCCGACUUCGCCUCGCUCCCGGCGGCCCUGGGGGCGUACCGGUACCGGUCGUACAUUCGGGAGCGAGGCCAGACGCCCACUUUCCUGGAGUUCUCGGGAGAACAGCUGUUCUUCCUCAACUACUGCUUCAAGCUGUGCUCGCCGGACAACGUGGACGGCGGGGGUUCCCGGCGGGGUCGCAGAGGGCGGCGCGGCCUGUACAGCACUGACGAGAAGAGGUGUAACGUGCCGCUUACGCACCUCAUGGAGUUUUCCGACGCGUUCGGGUGCUCGCAGCCCGACGGCGUCUUUCCGGAGAAGUGCAACUUCUGGGGUCUACCCGUGGGCCAAACUAGGGUUGACGGAGACGCACCGCGGUAUUUCCGAUCUGGCCAGUCAUGA